AUGCAACCAACAACCCUCCUCAUCCUCGCCCUCUCCACCCUCGCGACCGCGACAUCAUCCAACACAACCAGCACCAAACUCCCAACCUGGACCCAAACCUCAACCUUCAUCACACGCACAACCACAUCCGAGUCCACAUGGAAAACCGAAGCUCCCACCACCCGGAACAUACCGAUCCAAUUCAACUUCAAUAAGACCGAAUUAUCUCGGCAAUUUUCGUUUCCCCUCGAUACAUUCAUACCUACAAGAUUUCGGAAUCCAGUUAUUGUGAGUGUACUCAUAGUACCGGGACUUGACAAUCCUGUUUCGGGGGUGUUAUGUGAGAUUUUUGCGGAUGAGAAGGGGACGAAACUUCUGCAGGAUGGUGUAGGGGAAGCGAAACGGGUUCUUGUUGAUGUUCCUGGUACUGGUGUUGCGGUUGGAGGUGUUAAAUGCAAGAAGCACUGCUGA